UUUCACGUCAUGCACCCGGAAUUGCACCCUCUCGCACUAGUCCUCGUAAACAGAUGGUUAUUUUUUACUAAUUGAGCCGAAUAUUCGAUAUAUUACACUUUCUUACUUUUUUUCUUAUCAUCAUUUGUCGUCGCGUCGUCUGACAGCGGUUGCGACUCCUCUUUUUGCGUUUCUAUUGGGCAUUCUGCAUUGUCAGACAUCUUCAGGGGGCGGUACAUUGGCCAUUUAUCCUGGCAGCUGAACUUGCUACAGUCCUGUUGAACCUGUCCCUGAACCCACUCCUCGUCCUCCUCCUCACAAUCGGACCAUUCAGGCAAAAACAUGGCAAGAAUUGGCAGGCUCUCUAUCAAUGAUUCGGUGCUUUUCCUGUGUGACAUGCAAGAGAAGUUCCGUCCCAACAUCUUCCAGUUCACCAACAUUGUCAGCAAUGCAGCCAGAUUGCUCCAGGCUAGUCGUGUUCUGGGCAUCCCGUCCAUUUUGACAGAGCAGUACCCUCGAGGCUUGGGUCCCACAGUACCAGAGCUGGGAGCAGAAGACCUGACAGCUCAUGCUAAAACUUCAUUCACCAUGAUGAUAGAGGAGGUUGAGAAGGAGCUGCAGACCCUGGGGAACCCCAAGCAGGCCAUACUGUGUGGAAUAGAGGCACACGCCUGCAUUGCAUGCACAACAUAUGACCUGCUCGAAAAGGGAAUGGAGGUUCAUAUUGUGGCUGAUGCAGUCUCAUCCAGGAGCCAGACAGACCGUUUGUUUGCUCUGUCCCGACUGAAGCAGAGCGGAGCAUUCCUCACCACCACAGAGGCUGUUAUGCUGCAGCUAGUUCAAGAUGCCAAACACCCCAACUUCAAGCAGGUCCAGAAGCUUUUGGCCCACCCAUCCCCUGACACGGGCCUCCUCGCCUUCUUCAGCUCUCUGUAGGGAGAUCAUCACCUGUCAUUUUGUCCCAGAAAUACUGUACAGAAUUUCACUGCUUCCAACACGCUGUUGAAGUGCUUCAAUAAAGGGAUGCUGCUAUGAAUCUG